CAAGCUGGUUUUAUGUCCGUGUGCAUACACAUAUCCGCUUGGCCACGAGCUUCGGCUGCACUUGGGAACUUAAAUAGUUAAACUUAAAAUUACUGCCUAAUUUAGCGAAGUGAUAAUGUAAAUCAGAGCAUUUAAAAGAAAACGUAGUGAUUAGCCAAGUAGAGUUUAGCAUUCGCGCGAUAUUUGUUUCCCAAGCGCGACUUGGAAUUGCGUAUGCGUGUGUGCCAGCCCCUGCGCGUGUGUGUGUGUGCUUUGGAAUGUGGCCCUGCACGAAAUUCAAACCGAAAUAGUGACCAUCCUUGAGAUUCGCACACUUGCGCGAUGGACGAGCACACACUGAACGACCUGUUGGAGUGCUCCGUGUGCCUGGAGCGACUGGACACCACGUCGAAGGUGCUGCCCUGCCAGCACACCUUCUGCCGCAAAUGCCUGCAGGACAUUGUGGCCAGCCAGCACAAGCUGCGCUGCCCGGAGUGCCGCAUCCUGGUCUCUUGCAAGAUCGACGAGCUGCCUCCAAACGUCUUGCUGAUGCGAAUCUUGGAAGGCAUGAAACAGAAUGCAGCAGCUGGAAAAGCCGAGGAGACGGCUGAAUCGCAGGCGGAAAGGCCCAAAACUCAACCUCCAGCGGAACCAGUAGCCCCGCCUGGCAACCAACUCCUCCACCAGCAGCAGCAGCAGACUCAACAGCCAUCUCAACAGCCGGCUCGCCACAAGCAGCGCCGGUUUCUGCUCCCCCAUGCCUAUGCCCUCUUCGACUUCGCCUCCAGCGAAGCCAGCGAUCUGAAGUUCAAGAAGGGGGAUCUGAUACUGCUCAAGCAUCGCAUCGACAACAACUGGUUUGUGGGCCAGGCCAACGGGCAGGAGGGCACCUUUCCCAUCAACUAUGUGAAGGUAUCGGUGCCGCUGCCCAUGCCGCAGUGCAUCGCCAUGUAUGACUUCAAGAUGGGCCCGAAUGACGAGGAGGGCUGCCUGGAGUUCAAGAAGAGCACGGUGAUCCAUGUGAUGCGCCGUGUGGAUCAUAACUGGGCCGAGGGACGCAUUGGCCAGUCCAUUGGCAUCUUUCCCAUAGCCUUUGUUGAGCUGAACGCAGCGGCCAAGAAGCUGCUGGACAGCGGGGUCAUCAAUCAUCCAUCGUGCCAUCCGCCGCAGCAGCAGGGCCACCGAGCGCUCCCUCCGGUUCCGGUUAUUGAUCCCACCGUGGUCACCGAAUCCAGUUCGGGAUCCUCCAACUCCACGCCGGCCAGCAGUAACUCCAGCUCAACAUCCAGCUCGAACAACUGCAGUCCGAAUCACCAGUCCUCGCUGCCGAAUACCCCGCAGCAUGUGGUGGCCUCUGGUUCGGCAUCGGUGCGUUUCCGCGACAAGGGAGCCAAGGAGAAGAGGCACUCACUGAAUGCUCUCCUAGGAGGUGGAGCUCCUUUGAGUCUGCUGCAGACCAACCGCCAUUCGGCCGAGAUUCUCAGCCUGCCGCACGAGCUGAGCCGCCUGGAGAUGGCCAACUCAGCGGCUCCCAAACCUGCUACGCCAUCCUCGCGCGUGCUCAAGACGAGUGUCCAGCAACAGGUGCCGCCCAAUUUGCCCUGGGGUUACUUGGCCCUGUUCCCGUAUAAACCACGCCAAACGGAUGAGCUGGAGCUGAAGAAGGGCUGUGUUUACAUAGUGACCGAACGCUGUGUGGACGGUUGGUUCAAGGGCAAGAACUGGUUAGACAUUACGGGUGUCUUUCCGGGCAAUUACCUGACGCCCCUGCGCACUCGCGACCAGCAGCAGUUGAUGCACCAGUGGAAAUACGUGCCCCAAAGCUCGGAUGCCCAGCAGGCACACGCACAGCAGCCACCAGUUGCGCCAGAUGUGCGGCUCAACAACAUGCUGCCCAUGCAGCCACCGGAUUUGCCACCCCGCCAGCAGCAAACCACCAGUUGCUCCGUUUGGUCGAAGCCAGUGGAGGCGCUUUUCAGUAGGAAAUCAGAGCCUAAGCCUGAGACUACUAGCAGCAGUUCCUCCUCCUCGGGGGCAGUGGGCCUUAUGAGGCGAUUAACUCAUAUGAAAACACGCUCCAAAUCCCCGGGAGCAUCGCUGCAGCAGGCAGCCAAGGAAGGAACGAGUGGGAAUGUGGAAACUGCAACUAAACCAGCAGCUAAAUUGCAACCAGUGCAUGUGAGAUCCGGUUCGUGCCCCAGUCAACUGCAGCACAGUCAGCCGCUGAAUGAAACUCCCACAACAAAAGCAACACCACAACAGCAGCAGUUUCUGCCGAAGCAACUGCCUGCUGCCACCAACAGCAGCGUUUCCUACGGAUCACAGCGCAUCAAAGGAAACAAGGAUCGUCCGCACUUGAUUUGUGCCAGACAAUCCUUGGAUGCAGCCACCUUUCGCAGCAUGUACAGCAAUGCAGCAUCGCCUCCACCGCCUGCUUCCUCUGUCUCUCCAGCUAUCUAUGCAGGUGGACAGCAGCAGGCGUUGCCUGGAGGAGGAGCACAAUCCCAGUUGCAUGCCAACAUGAUCAUUGCACCCAGCCACCGAAAGUCGCAUAGUUUGGAUGCAGGACAUGUGCUGAGUGCGCCGAUCACCGAGGCGGCCAUCAAGGCCAGUGCCACCACGAAGUCGGCUUACUGCACGAGGGAAAGUCGCUUCCGUUGCAUUGUGCCGUAUCCACCGAACAGCGACAUCGAACUGGAGCUGCAUUUGGGCGACAUCAUCUAUGUGCAGCGCAAGCAGAAGAACGGCUGGUACAAGGGCACCCAUGCCCGAACCCACAAGACAGGACUGUUUCCCGCCUCCUUUGUCGAGCCCGAUUGCUAGGACAAACUAGAAUUUAUCAAGCGAAAUUC